AACCCUAAAUUUCUCAGAAUCAUCAUUGCAUCUUCUUCCUUGUUAAUUUGGUGAGUUGUUACUUGUUCGACGCAGAUGACGCAAACCAGUACCGAUGCACGCCUUGAAGCACUCGAGAAGAGCCAUGAGAAACUGACCGCGGACACAAAUGCUCGUUUAUACGCCAUUGAAGUGGCUCUAAGCACCUGGACUGCGAUAUUUGAGGCAUCGAGAGCAACUGCCACAAACCAACAUCCAGGGUAUGAUCAAUACGGCGUCGUCCCCCUUCUUCAGCAUACAAAGCCCUCUCUCGCGGUAACCCACCCUCGUAGCAACCCUAAGGUUUUUUUCGAAUUUACCGUCGGCGGCAGUCCAGCUGGUCGGAUCGUGAUGGAGCUCUACGCGGACACGACCCCGCUAACCGCGGAGAACUUCAGGGCACUUUGUACCGGCGAGAAAGGCAUAGGAAAUAUAUUUGGUAAGCCACUCCACUACAAGGGAACCAUCAUCGACCGUAUUUGCCCAGGUUUCAUGUGGUGUGGUGGAAAUAUCGUUCGCGUGCGUGGAGAGGAAGGCGAAUCGAUAUACGGCGGAGUAUUCCCGAACGAGAACUACAUCAAGAGGCACGACCGUCCUGGUGUCCUCUCCAUGGCCGUCGGUGAUCCACACACCAACGCAUCUCAAUUCCAGAUUGUCUUGGAAGAGUUCUCGUUGCUCGAUGGUGUGCACGUCGUGUUCGGCCAAGUCAUUGAAGGAUUCGACGUGAUUAGGAGGAUUGAAGACGAGGUCGCAAGUACGAGGAACCGAAUCCCUUCGAAGCCCGUGGUUAUCGCAGACUGUGGUCAGCUUUGAGACAGAGAGAUUUGAUUCAUCCUAUGACUACAAUAUAAUGGUGGCUUUCUUGUGUUUAAUUAUGUCUGGUCUGUCUUGUUCUUAGGUCGUUUGGAUUUUGAGUCUGGUGUUACCUUUUAUGUUUUGGUCGUUUGAAUUUUGAGUUUGGUGUUAUCUUUAAAGUUUAAUAUUUGUCACCAUUGAAUAAUGAUAUAAUAAGCACCUAUUAUUUGCUAUUA